AUGCCUCCGAAUAGCGACAGCCUACUAUCCGCUCUUGUGGCCCUAAUCGCAGACGCGACGAAGGUCGUGGAGGCGCACUACGAGAAAGUCGAUGCAAAGCCUUACGUUCCCUCGCUGGACGAUACCGAACCUCACCCACUCGACGCUGUUAUAAGCGACAGAGACUUACGCACAGCGAUACAAACCAUUGAAGGUGCUUGUGCUCAACUGUCCGCUAGCGUCGCGCGUCCGAACCAUAUCGUGCUCAAUCGAUUUAUGGGUUCAUACGAGCCUGUCUGUUUGAGAGUCGCCACAGAAUUCAAGAUCGCCGAUAUCCUUCAAGAAAAUCCCUCCAACGCGGGAAUGCACAUAUCUGAUAUCGGAAAGAAAGCAGGGAUUGAAGAGCGGAAGCUUGGGAGGGUUUUGCGCUUCUUGGCGUCGAAACAUAUCUUUCGGGAGGUUUCUGCAAAUGUCUUUGCGAAUAAUCGUCUCAGCAUCCAGCUCUUGUCAAACAACCCUCUAAUCAACAUUGGACUCUUUUGCACCGACAUAUGCUUCAAAUCUGCUGCGCUGCUACCUGAGGUCCUCGCGGAUAUCGAAUGGGGAUUCUCUUAUGAGCCCUGCCACGCUGCUUUCAACAGAUAUACAGGUUUCCCCGGGCCCCUGUUUGACCAUUUCCAGACCACUGAAGGAGGCGCCCGAUUCGCUGUUGGAAUGGAAGGUUGGAACGAAGCUACAGAAGCAUACGCUCUCACCCAAGUGUACCCAUGGGGAGAACUACGUCACGGCGCUUCCGUUUGCGACGUUGGCGGCGGAAUUGGAGACGUAACCAUCCGACUGACGAAACAAUUCCCGACCUUGCAAAUAAUAUUACAAGAUCUGCCUGAUCGGAUUCUACAAGCCAAGGAUGACUUUUGGAUGCGAAACUGUCCAGAAGCUAUCAAAGAAAACAGAGUCGAGUUUCAACCCCUUGACUUCUUGAGUGAGUCUCCCGCCCAGAAUUGUGAUGUUUACAUUGCGCACGUCUUUCACCGCAAUACAGACAACUCACCCGACCAUAUUCCCAGCCAUGACUGGCCUGAUGCCGAUAGCAUCAAAAUUUUAACCGGGGUGCGAAAAGCAAUGGGCCCACAUAGUCGCCUUCUUGUCCGUGAGUAA